AUGGUUGGAAGACAGACACUCCGAAUGGACAGCAGUAAUUGCUCCGGGGCGGUGAUGGACGACAGCCCUGCAUCCAGUCCGAGCUCCAGCCCCAGUCCGGACGGCCGUCGCCGGGAGCUUCAGCGGGCCAGGGUGCUUCAGAGCGGCGGCCUCGGCGGUAGAGGACGUCCGGCGGCAGCUAAUGCAGCGCGGGAGCGAAGCCGGGUGCAAACUCUGAGGAACGCCUUCCUGGAGCUCCAGAGGACUUUGCCGUCAGUGCCACCGGACACCAAGCUGUCCAAACUCGACGUGCUGAUACUUGCCACCACCUAUAUUGCCCAUUUGACUCGAACUCUUCAAGAAGAAGGCGCAGAGGAGGGAGAGAGCACAAAACAAACGGAGGCGUUACAGUCUUUGAAAGGCGAAGGAUACCUGCACCCAGUGAAGAAAUGGCCGAUGCGAUCCAGACUGUAUGUCGGGGCAAGCGGACAGUUCCUGAACACCACGACUCCGUCAGAUUCAGAGAAUCAAGGCCCAUCGUCGUCCACCUCCCACCAAUAGUGUUAAAGCAAUUUAUUAUUUGCAUGAAUCCAGGCUGUUUUCCUCGGCAGCCGCAUAUGCGUUAUGAUUGUAGAACAAUUAGCCUACCUGACUUUCCUUCCACUAAGCCCUAUAGGAAGACAUUGUAAAUUAAUAUAUUAUGUGAAUUUUAUUGUACAAAUGUUUGAGAAAUCAGUCUUAAUGUUUUUUUUUUUGUUGUUCCUCUAGUGUUGUUUGCCCGGUGUUGUGCAGCUCCACACAUGUCCCAUGAUAUGUGUAGAAAUUCCACGGGGUAAUGGCCCGUCAUGCUUGAGGUGCGCACCUUUAGUUGAAACAUUUGCACUAAACGCAUGUGUGAAUAACUUAACAUCUGUCUUGUGAAGUGGUCUGUCAGGGUCAACAAUGGGGACUCUUCAUCUCCUGUUCCUUCUUUUUUUACAUGCUCCGUUGUAAAUGUGUUUGUGAAUAAACGAGUUCAGUGAGAGAAGACAAGUCCCAAGUCGAGUUUUGACGAUAAAAAAUACGAAAAAUCAACCUCGACAUAAAACGAAAUAAAACUCCAAAAGCAUGGCAGUUAUUAUUAUUGAUGAUUAUCUAAUACAUUCUUCUUUUCUAUUCAUGUAUAUUUUAUGACCGUAGCUCGGUUUAUAUGAUGCUUGCUUAUCCAUCAGAUAUCUGUUUAUUUAUACUUCCUUACCGGGUCACGGAAUCAGAAACAACCUAAGUUAUAUUUUACUCGGCGACAUGACUAAGUCAAAACUAACUAUAUUUGUAAAAUUAAAUAAAUAUGUCAUAUGUAUAAAUACAGUAUGUUCCUCUUUCAAAUCAGGAGAAAACUAUUUGCACAGAUAAAUAUUAAAUAUUCGGUGGA